CAGACCCCGCCCCCCAGCCGCCAUUGACUGUGCAGGCUUGCACUUCCUUGCCGAGGGAUGGCUGCGCUUCGGGCUAGCCCAGUAGCCCCGCAGUGUAUGGUGCUCUGGUAGCGGCUUGCAAGCGGGUGUGAUCCGGGCCCGCGGGUGCACAGGUGCGGCCCACGCCUCCCUCAGCGCCUCAGCACCUGCGGGGCAGGACCCGGGACGGUCUGAAGUCACUCACAAUGGAGGCAAGCAAGCAGAUGCGAGUGUCUCGGCCAUACAAGAUCAGUGAAUCUUCAAAGGUGUACCACUGGGCUGACCACUCCAGCACAGUGCUGCAGCGGCUAAAUGAGCAGCGGCUGCACGGCCUCUUCUGUGACGUGGUCCUUGUGGUUGAAGAGCAGCAAGUGCCAGCCCACCGCAACCUUUUGGCUGUGUGCAGCGACUACUUCAACUCCAUGUUCACACUGGGCAUGCGCGAGGCGUUCCAGAAGGAGGUGGAGCUGGUCGGCACCUCCUACGUGGGGCUCAAGGCCGUGGUGGACUUCCUCUACAGCAGUGAGCUGGAGCUGGACGGCAGCAACAUCGACUACAUCCUGGAGACGGCGCACCUGCUGCAGAUCUGGACGGCGGUGGACUUCUGCUGCGAGUACCUGGAACAGGAGGUGAGCGAAGAUAACUACCUAUACCUGCAGGAGCUGGCCUCCAUCUACAGCCUCAAGCGGCUGGAUGCCUUCAUCGACAGCUUCGUGCUGAGCCACUUCAGCACGCUGUCCUUCACACCUGACUUCCUGCAGACCGUCUCUGUGCAGAAACUGUGCUUCUACCUGAGCAGCGGCCAGGUGCAGCACACGUGGGAGUAUGACCUGCUGCAGGCGGCUCUGCAGUGGCUCACACAGCAGCCAGAGCGCGAGGCGCACGCCGGCCACGUGCUUGAGAACAUCCGCUUCCCUCUCUUCCCCGAGGACAUCCUGCUCCAGCGCGUGAAGCUGGCCAUGUGCUCACUGUUGCCCAGCGAGGCCAACUUCGAGGGCUUUGUGGAGGAGGCCAUGCAGUACCACCAGAGCCUGGUGGCCCAGCCUGUCCUGCAGACCAAGCGGACGGUGCUGCGUUCCGAGGAAUGCCUGCUCUUCGUGGGUGGUGAGGUCUCGGAGCGGUGUCUGGAGCUGAGCGACGACACCUGCUACCUAGACACCAAGAACGAGCAGUGGGUGAAGGAGACAUCCCUGCCGGCCCGCCGGAGCCAUCACUGCGUCGCUGUGCUGGGGGGCUUCAUCUUCAUUGCUGGUGGCAGCUUCUCCAGAGACAACGGAGGGGAUGCGGCCUCCAACCUUCUUUAUAGGUAUGACCCCCGCCGUAAACAGUGGAUCAAGGUGGCGUCCAUGAACCAGCGCCGCGUGGAUUUCUACCUGGCCUCCAUUGAAGACAUGCUGGUGGCUGUCGGCGGCCGGAACGAGAACGGAGCUUUGUCUUCUGUAGAGACCUACAGCCCCAAGACCAACUCCUGGACCUAUGUGGCUGGCUUGCCAAGGUUCACCUAUGGCCACGCGGGCACCAUCUACAAAGACUUCGUGUACAUCUCGGGGGGACAUGACUACCAGAUUGGCCCUUACCGCAAAAACCUACUGUGCUAUGACCACCGUACGGAUGUGUGGGAGGAGAAGCGGCCCAUGACGACAGCACGAGGCUGGCACAGCAUGUGCAGCCUGGGCGACAACAUCUAUUCCAUUGGAGGCAGUGACGACCACAUGGAAUCCAUGGAACGCUUUGACGUGCUGGGCGUGGAGGCCUACAGCCCACAGUGCAACCAGUGGACUCGAGUGGCACCGCUGCUGCAGGCCAACAGCGAGUCGGGCGUGGCUGUGUGGCAGGGCCGCAUCUACAUCUUGGGGGGCUAUAGCUGGGAGAACACUGCCUUCUCCAGGGCCGUGCAGGUAUAUGACCAUGAGGCCAACAGGUGGAGCAGGGGGCCCGACCUCCCCAACGCCAUUGCCGGCGUGUCAGCUUGUGUGUGUGCCCUCAACCCAAGGCUGGAGGAAAAGAAAAAGAGGAACAAGGACAAGCGCCAGGACCGAGGUCAGUGACCCCAAGGCACUCGCAGAGGCGGCCACACCCAUGCCACUUACUCUCUAGCAGCUUUUUGUACUUUUUUGAUUCCUGAUAUUUCUAUGCUAUCAAAGUAAUUACUAAUUAAAUAUUCUUCACAAUUUUAUAUAUUAUCU